AUGGAUUCACCACCAGGGAGGAACAUAGCACCUCCAGCACUAAAUGGUACACAUCCGCUGCCACCGGGGCAUCAACUACCUCAUCCAGGAGAAAAUCAGCAACAUACGGCAAAUCCAGGAGCACAGUUUCUUCGCCCUCCUUCAUUGCAGCAAGAAACACAACCUCAAACUCAACAGCAGCAGCACAUGCCAUCCAUACAAGCCGAUCCGAUCAUGCAAAUCCGGCAACAUCUACAGCAACAACAAUCAUUUGUUGCACCAUCAGCAGGAAGCUUCGCAACGACAGCAGCAAGCAUUUCUACAAGAACAGGAGCAGCUUAUUCACUCAACGAUUCGAGCGUUCCAGCCACCAGCAUCACAUCCGGAGCAAAUACUAGACUAGCCAGUAACAUAAUUGAGUUUCGUUAUGAGCCGGAUAAUGGGGUUACGUUUGCCGCUUGGUAUACGCGAUAUGAUAGCCUAUUUACAAAGGAUGCAGAGCGGUUGGACGACGAGGCGAAGGUGCGGCUAUUACUCAGAAAACUUGGUCCAUCGGAACACGAACGCUACGUGAGCUACAUCUUACCGAAGACUCCAAGGGAAGUGACGUUCGAAAGCACGGUGGUGAAGCUAAAAGGUUUAUUCGGAACAGCAGAAUCUCUCAUCAGUCGUCGAUAUCGUUGUCUCCAGGUUAUCAAGCAGCCGGGUGAAGAUUAUAAAAUGAAUGCAUGCCGGCUCAAACGACUUUGUGUCGAAUUCGAAUUAGCCAAGAUGGAUGAGGAGCAGUUCAAAUGUUUGUUAUUCGUAUGCGGUCUGAGAUCUGAAGUAGAUAGUGAAAUCCGGACGAGAUUAUUGACUCGCAUCGAAGAAAAUACAUCAGUGACGUUGGAACACAUUUCCGACGAGUGUCAAAGACUACUUUCGAUUAAGCAUACAGCUAUGAUCGAAUCGUCAGCAUCCGUCAAAGCGCUUAAGCGUAGUAAUCCUUUCGCGAAGCAGGAGUUCAAGCAAGAGAAAGGUCCUGGUCCAGCUACCCCCUGCUGGAAUUGUGGUGCCAUGCAUUAUGCAAAGGAUUGUACCUACAUCAAGCACAGGUGCAAUGAAUGCGGUCAAUAUGAUCACCGGGAAGGUUAUUGUUCAAGUGCAAGGAAAUCUAGCAACUCGGUGAAAAAAGAAGAAGCACCAUUCGAUGACAACCAACACAGUUCUAGUGAGCAGCGUGAAGAAGCAGCGAAAAUUUGUAACAGUGCAGUUAGCUGGAAAUCCGGUCCAACUACAACUUAA